GGAUUCCCUGUUCACAAUAUCUGUUGGAAGCUACUCGAGGAGGCCAUCUACCCCAACCCGGUGCCAAUUGAAAGGUUGUUCGAUGUCUUGAAGUCUUUCGUAUGGCCGUCGUUGUGCGUCGAUGGGCGGCUUGAUUGGCGCUGGAGGGAAAUCUCGCAGUCAGCAGAGUGUUCAUCGAAAGACUCAUUCCCUUGGGAUAUCACCGCCAACGCGAGCACCGCUAAUGUGCCGCCAUUCACAUCGGAUCCGUAUUUCGUCGACCUCCACGAGAUUCUGAGUGAGCGGUACGGAGUCUACGAUGUUCCUCUUGCCCCCGAUAACUUGUUAUCCGGCCUAGUGUCAGGAAACGAUCCCUUCCUCUCCCUCCCGGAGGAGCUUUGCUCUAUUAUUGCCUGCUAUUUACCACUCCGUGACGCCCUCCAUGCCCGUUUGGCAUCGCGAUCCUUUUGGCAUCUUUUUGAUCGUCAACAGUUUUGGCGUUCUCAAUUUAUGGGUUUAAAUUCUGACCUUUCAUGCCUGUUUGAACUUCAUCGAGAUCCAUAUCAAGGGGCCCGUGAUUGGCGAUUACUCUACCAUCGGAUUACCGACACCAGCAAUGACUCGGAUGAGGAUGUCUGGAGCGGCCUUCGCAACAGAGGGCAAGCCUGGCAGAAGAUAUUGACUAUUGUUGACAUCCUGGGACUUUGUCCAAGUCCAAACGCCGCGUUUACGAAGAGGGGUCAUUUGGCACACUUGAAGCCCCGGCCAGACUGUACUCUACGAGUCGGGGGGAGUGCCGCAGAGUCCCUAGUCGGCACGGUGGGUCCGCUGCAAGUGGGAUGUUUCCGAAAAUCCGUACAAUCUCUUGCUAUCCCCAACGAGACAGUCCGAAUAUCUGCGUCAACCAUAGAUGUGGGAUCCUUUACGUACAUCUCCGGCUUGACCAUUGUGUCGAAUUCGCAGACAGAAAGCGCUGGCCACCUGGGUCCCAAGGAAAGGGAGCGAUCCGUCACCCUAAACGCUGCUGAUCUACGGGGCCUCAACGUUGCGGUUGGUUUGAGAGGUAUCCACGCUUUGCAGUUUGCGGAUUCGGCAGGACUGACCCCUUGGCUGGGCGAUCCUCGUGAUGCUGCAAAAACGACGAGGCUUGGGAGUGUAUCAAAUAUUUCAUCACUGGAAGUCUGGUCCGAUAUUGGUAUCGUGAAGAAGCAAAGUUCCGAGCUCAGCGACACAGAAAAUAUCUCAGACUUGAGGAUUUUCGGCAUAUGGUAUCCCGAUAUUCCCCCUUCUCAACUCAACCUGAAUGAAGAGUGCUUCUUCUCUGCGAAAGCAUUUGCGGAGGGAUUCAGACCACUGUUCUGGACCCAUUUCGGCGGCCCAGGUGGUGUGCAUCUGAAAAGCCUACUGAGAAUAUAUUGGAAUCAGCCGGCCGAAACCAUCACUUUUGCUUAUGAAAACAAGGGGGUUCCAUUAAGCUCUCAGAGCUUCGGUCAGGCACCAGAACCUGAAUCGGACGACGACUCAUCGUCUUUUCAGCCUUACACUAGGUCGAGCACGUUUGUAAUCAAUGGACCUGGGGGAGAAAGAAUUACCGCUGUCGAGACUUGCCAGAAGUACCGGAAGACUGGCAGAACAUGGGAGUGUACAGAAGGAGUCCUAACUGGAUUCAAGGUGAGUUAG